AUGGAUAAGAAAAAGGUCGCCGUUCCACUUGUCUGCCAUGGCCAUUCAAGACCUGUUGUUGAUUUGUUCUACAGUCCUAUUACACCUGAUGGUUUCUUCCUCAUCAGUGCCAGUAAAGAUUCAAAUCCAAUGUUGAGAAAUGGAGAGACUGCAGACUGGAUUGGUACUUUUGAAGGUCAUAAAGGUGCAGUCUGGAGUUCUUGCCUCGACAACAAUGCGCUACGUGCUGCAUCUGCAUCAGCUGAUUUUUCAGCGAAACUUUGGGAUGCGUUAACAGGAGAUGUGCUGCAUUCUUUUGAUCACAAGCAUAUUGUUCGAGCAUGUGCCUUCUCAGAGGAUACAAAAUUGCUGAUCACUGGAGGAUUUGAGAAGAUUCUCCGUGUCUUUGACUUGAAUCGGUUGGAUGCACCUCCCACGGAAGUCGAUAAAUCUCCUGGAUCCAUCAGAACUCUCACAUGGCUUCACAGUGACCAGACGAUAUUAAGUUCUUGCACUGAUAUUGACGGAACCAUCAGGAUCUGGCAAUCAACACCAAAUCAUAGUUUGGAUGAAGUUGCUAAGAAGAUUGAAGGCUUUCACAUCAACAAAGAAGGAAAAAACACCGCAGAUAAACCUUCUGAUGGUUACUAG